UUAUGAUUUAAACAUCUACAAGAUGGUUCAUAAAGUAAAUUAUAUAUUUAUUAUUUCAUUUACUGUACGUGGAGACUCACAAAAGAUCGACACGAGCCUACAACAAAUGGAUAACAAAAGAGGCAGAGACAGAUGGGAUCCGUGGUCCUGCUUUUAUGCGUUGCCAUGCUUCCAGAUCUCGAUUUGCAUUGUUGACAUGGUUGGAUCUUGCUGUUCUGCCAUUUAUUAUCUCUCCUCCAUCCCCGUCCUCCUCCUCCUAACUCAUUCUUCAUUUAUGCAGACAAGCUUUGGCCAUCUUAAGAUAAAAUCCAGUAAUUUGCGAUGCUCAUAAGUUACACGAUCUUUAUCUAGUUUAAGUUAAACACGAGAUCAACUACAAUUGAGCAUGGAUUAGAUUAGACCUUGGUUUAUUAGCUGAUACCCUUAGCUACUCCUCACCCCCUCCAACCUGUAAUGACUUAGAUCAGACUGCUAAACUAUGCGUUUUAUUAGUAGAGACCACGAGAUAAUGUUGGGUCGCCACGUGUUCCGUCCCACGUCUGUUCCCUCUCCGCGCAGAACGGCGAGUGGAGUCCUGAGCGCCAGCCCAUUCCGUGCUUCCUCUGUUCUUUAAUCCCAUCUCAUCUCCGACGCACUCCUUUCUCUACUUAUAAAUCCCGUUUCCUCUCCUCUCUCUCCACCGAUCAGCAGAAGAAGCCAAAGAUCAGACAGACAGUUAAGCAAGCAUACCCGAGAUUGGAAAGACGAGAUGAUCUCCGGAUUCCGCCGCUCCCUCUCUUUAUCGGGCCUGAGCCCUAACGCCAGCCCCGCCCGCCGGCGCCCCCGCGACGCGCCCCGACACGCGCGUUCCGCCAGCCUCCCCUGCCGCUCCCAGUCCGCCCUCUCCCUCAUCCAGGACGAGAUACGCUCCCUACGCUCCGGCACCGCCUCCGAUCUCGAGCGGAUCGACCGCCUUCUCGCGGCACUCGACGACCUCCUCCGCCUCUCCCGGAUCCAGGAUCCCCUCCGCCGCUGCCCCGCCUUGGCCGAUCGCCUCCUCGACGGCUUUCUCCGCCUCCUCGACGCCCAGGGCUCCUUCCGCUCCGCCGUCCUGGCGCUCGGGCAGCACCACGCGGAGGCCUGCACCGCAGUCAGGCGGCGCGACCCGGUGCGGCUCGCCUCCGCCGCCCGGUCCCUCCGGCGGGCGGAGAAGGAGCUCGUCCUGCUCGCCACGGCCAUCAAGGAUCUCACCAGAUGUCCACCCUUCACUCCGGGGCUCUGGGCGGACGCGGCCGAGGCCGAGGUCGCAGGGAUCGUCACUGAAGCGGUGGCAGCGACGGCGACCGCGAUGUCGGCGGUUUACCUGGGGAUCGCGGCGGUGUCGUCCGCAGCGGCAUCAGCGGCGGCGGCCGCCUCGACGUCGAAAGACUCGUGGAUGGUGCGGGCAUUGAGGAGGCCGUCGCCAUCGAAAAAGCGUGAAGCAGAGGAAGCGGAGAUGGGGGCGAUGGAGAAGCUGGAGGAGAGGAUGGAGGGAUUGGAGGAGGGAAGCGAGAGGGUGUACAGGAGUUUGGUGAACAUAAGAGUAGCCCUCCUCAACGCUCUUACUCCCUCUUUGUAGAAUGGCGAACCAAAGAAACACUACCGAAGAGUGUACAGACGAUGAGGAUCAAAGGGGAAUGAGAUGAUCAUGUUCUCUCUUUAUAAAUGGAACGGUUUUGACUAAUAUAAUUUGAAUCGUUGUUGUUA